AUUUUUUUAACGUGAACAACUUUGUAAGAGAAUAUGACAAAAUGUCGAUACCCAGCAUACACCUUCAAUUUAAAGGUACUAAAAGUAGUAUCAGCCUGAAGAAGUGUUAUCAAUUUUGAAAGAAAAGACUUAAAAUAUUCAAUUUAUUUUCGAAAAAUGGAAUGUUCAGUCGACGAAAUAAAAAAGGAAUUUCAAAUUGGAAUUAUUGGAUUCGGGGAUAUGGGUCGCCUUUAUGCUGAACGAUUCAGUCAAGCUGGUUGGAUUGUUAACGUGUGCGACCGGAAGGAAAAUUUUGACAUAGUAAAGCAGAAAUGUGAAGGAACCAAAAUAAAUGCCCUGCAGGAUGGCUUUGAAGUCUCAAGGAAAAGUGAUUAUAUAUUAUACAGUGUAGAAUCUGAGUAUCUUGAUCGUAUUGUUGGCAUGUAUGGUCCAGCAACGAAAGUUGGCGCAAUUGUCGGAGGGCAAUCAUCUUGCAAAUCCCCAGAAAUUCGAGCUUUUGAGAAAUACCUUCCGCAAGACGUGGACAUUAUCUCUUGUCAUUCAAUGCAUGGCCCACGGGUAAAUCCCCAGUCUCAGCCGUUAGUAAUAAUUCGCCAUCGUUCAAAGGAUAAAAGCUUUGAGAUUGUGAAGGAAAUACUUUCUUGUCUACAAUCUUCAGUUGUUUUUUUAUCAGCUGAGGAACAUGAUCGGAUUACUGCAGAUACUCAAGCUGUAACUCACGCUGCAUUCCUAGCAAUGGGUAUGGCAUGGCGCGCAAAUAAUCAAUAUCCUUGGGAAAUAAAUCGCUGGUGUGGAGGUAUUGAAAAUAUAAAAAUGAACUUAUCUAUGAGAAUAUAUUCUAGUAAAUGGCAUGUCUAUGCUGGUCUUGCUAUCCUUAACCCUGAUGCUAGAAAACAAAUUAAGCAAUACGCGACUUCUGUUACUGAGUUGUUUAAACUCUCCAUAAGCGGAAAGGCACAGGAAUUUGAAAAUAGAGUACGUAACGCCGGUAAAUUCGUGUUUGGCGAACAAAAUAAUGGCGCCUCCAGCGGCUUAUUGUUGAGCGACGAACUUUUGGAUCAAUAUAGUAUAUCGAACGUCCCUAACGAUAAGUCUGUUGGCAAUAGUCAUUUGAGCAUUUUAGCAAUCGUUGACUCUUGGUGGAAACUAGGCAUUCAUCCUCAAAAACAUAUGAUUUGCUCUACUCCUCUGUUUCGGCUUUGGGUUGGUGUGUCAGAAUAUGUAUUCUGUAAUCCAGACCUUUUAACUAGCUGUAUUUACACAGCCACUAAGCAUAAUGAGUUUUGUCCGGAUGAUUUGGAGUUUGUACUAUCUGCAAGAUCAUGGUCCGAACAUGUAGAGCAGGGUGAUUUUGAAAAUUACAAAAAACAAUUUGUCAAAAUCCAGGAUUAUUUCCGACCUAGGUUUGAAGAAGCAACAAAGGUGGGCAACGCCAUGAUUAAAAAACUUCUUGAAAACCUAAACAAAACCGCAUGAGAAUAAUCAUUAAGUCUUCUUUAUUUCACAAUGAUUCUUUAAAUAUGUUUUGUUUCAUUAAUAGACAAAUUAUUAAUCGUCCUUUAACAUAAACCGGUUUUGACAAUUGAAAUAACAUGAAACAAUCCCGACAGACUUCAUUCAUUUCGCUAUGGGUAUAUAAGUUAAGGUAUGGUCAAUGUUAAAUAUAGUAUUAAAUAAUAAUAAAUAUAAAUAAAAUAAGGAAAAUUGGUGACUAGUAAUCAAUCAAAAAAUUUCUAACACGCC